AUGACUACUGAAACGCAAACAACGUUUGAGAUGAGGUCGCGAGUAGCCAGAACAUCUUCAGAUUCCGACAGGAAAACUGAUAUACCGAGUUACAGAGAUGUAGUCCUAAUUGAAAGAAAAAUUAAACCUGGCGACACGUUGAACAGGCUAGCCAUCCAAUACGCAGUUCAUGCGGCUGAUAUAAAACGGGUAAAUAAUCUUGUAAGUGAUGUAGAUUUUGGUGCUUUAACUUCUAUAAAAAUACCAAUCACUCGGAUGCGCCAUGCUUUAGGUGUAAAUGGGUCAUCUGAUGAAGACGAACACAUCAUCGAUGUAGAUGAACGCGCGCAUCUAUUACUUGAUAGGUCGAGAGAUGCAAGUGUGGAAGAGAUCUUCAGGCAAGCCGAUUCCGUGAUAGCACAAGCACGAGAAACUUUACCUGAAGAUGGAAUUCCGGGUACGUUCCAUUUCAUCGAUGCCCGGCCUCCGGAUUCCGGAUGCUCUGUGUGGGCUUUGCUUGCCGGAGUCGUAAUAAUGUUUAUGAUAGUUCCCCUAUUAUUAACGUUUUAUGAAGAAAGCGACGAACUGAAUAAGGAAUAA